UCCUGUUGCUACAUUGUAGCUCCAGUAGACUUAAAAUACUUGAAAAGAACCACACCAUUGGCAAAUAAAUAUGCCAAAACUGCGGGAAAAGAUGAAAAAAGAUGGAGAGUGAUAUAUUAGUUGGACUUGUAGGCAUGAGGAUUUGUUUCUUGUUUGGGAGAUUUUAACUGAGUCGACAAUGUCAUUCAUUGCUUAGCCUGUCAUCUCCUUCAGUGUUUCUGUCUUAAAUGUUCAUCUGGAUUUCAGAUUUUAACUUUGCUGUGCUGGUGUUUGGACUUCUCUUUCCGGCCUGAAGUAUGGACAGCGGCACGAUCUAUGUCCGAGAAAAGGGCAAUCUUCGCCGCGUCAAUGACAUAGUCUUGGCUCAACCAAAGCAAGUGUCAUCCUGCAGGAGGACCGAUCCGUUUGUCAUGAGGAAAGAGCAUUUUGUAUUCACCUACAACGAGGAGGGCAGCCUGAGAUACACCACCAAAUCUCUCUUUGAGAUCACUCUGCUGUUCGUAGCUGACAACAUCCAUCAUGUGGACUCCUUGAUUGGUUUCCCUGAACAAAUAGGAGACAGGCUUUUUGCAGCAGUGGAGGAGAAACGUGUGUUUUUAAAGCCAGACAUCUCUGCAAAGGCCCUGCAGCUGUUCACUGAUGCAUAUGGGGAAAUGGUGCUUGGAUCACUCUGUCUACGGAAUAGGUUUCCACUUUUGCACGAGAGGAUAGAUGAAAUAAAAACUUUCCAGAGUUUGAGAACUCUUGAUUUGUUUGGCUGCAGACUUGGUGACAAUCAUGAGCUAUUCCAGCACCUUACAUCCAGUUCACUGGCAAGCCUGAUUCAGCUUUUCAUCGGUGGAAACGGUCUGUCAGAUGCUGGCCUGCAAAGACUGACUACACCCAUCCGGAUGAUGCAGAAGGGACUGGACUGUCUUCAACUCCUAGAUAUUUCUUACAACCCCAUCUCAGAAAAAGCUCUCAGAUAUCUCAAAUGUAUCCCAAAGCUCAUCAAGCUCGAUGUCUCUGGUACUAAUCUGAAGCCUGGCGCAGGAUUGAAAACAAUCGUUUGGAAUGAGCUGGGCCUGAUCCUCUCUGAGAAACCGCUCGACUCUUUUGAUCAUUCAGUCUGUAAAACAGCGGGCUGGGCUGAGCAGGUUGUGAAUCAGUGGGAAACAAAUGGCUCUCAAAUGCCAAAACAGAAGAAAAUCGACGAGUCAAGAGCAUCAGCACUUCGCUUCUUUGGAAGACAGAAGUUUGUCAGAGAAGUGCUAAAUGCAGCUCCUCUUGUUUGUGUGGGUGGCGAUGAGACGAACACGGAGAAGCUGCAUUUCUACAAACCUGACAAUAAGAGAGAGUUGCCUUCCACAACAAAUCACCGUGUGCCCAGUCCUGCCACCAGUGCCAACAAAAGGAAGCGUCAGUCGCAGGAGAGCAUACAUCAGAGACCUGAAAAACACACACCGCCACCUGCUCUCACCGCUGAGGACAUGGACUUGUUGAACAACUAUUGAGGAAUGCAGCCAUGCAGCAUUCCACUCAAAUUAAAGACCGGUAUUCGCAUGGUUACUCCAUCUAUGUGCAGUGAUCGAUUAAAAGUCACCUUGUGGAUUGAAGGAGCUUUUAAUUUCUUAUGAUUUCAAGUUGUGUCAUGAAUUCUUUAUUAAUAAAGUUUUGUAUUUCUUGCUGGU